AUGUCACAAGAAAUCAUGGAUCACAAUGAUAAUGUGUUCGUAACCGCAUACAACGUCCGUUGGUACUUAGCAUCUUUACACACACAGAGAAUGAUACUCUUUCUCUUGCAAAGAGGCAACAAGAUAUUCAAACUCAGCAUCGGUGGAAUGAUCAUAGGAUCCUUGGAGAAUUUUGCCUCGGUAAGAUAUUUAAUCGAAGAACUUCAACGGAUAUGUGACGAGCUAAAAAACGAGAACGAAAUCGCCAUCAUAAAAGAGUACGGAAGCAAUGCGAAAUCUUACACGACGGCAAUUACGUGUAAGGGACAACAUGAUGCUAUCUGUAGCAAAUACCUAUUCAUAUUCGAAUUAUUUGAAAUGGACGAAAUAAUCAAUAAACAUAAAACAAACAAGCAUUUGAUAUUUUACAAGAACAAAGGAGCGGCGAUCUACACAACUAUUUCUUUUUAA